GUCCUGCGCCAUUUUGAUGAAACGACGAGGAGCGAAGCAGCUUGGAUCCCCGAAAUGGAUUUUAUGGAUUUAAACUGAAGAUUCGACUGGAUACCCAACUUUCAGUUUUUUCGUGAUGGAAAAUAACUGUGGAUCGAGAGGAACCUUCGCGUCUUGACUGUCUAACUGGUGGAUUUUGUCAGAUUAGUCGACAGCUAACUGGGGACAACGUUGUUAGCAUAGCACCGUUAGCUUUUGUUAGGCCAGGGGAGUUUUCAUGUGUUGAGUAGCGAGGAGACGUUAGCUAAUCUCGAGGUGUAGCAUGUUAGCCUUGGCAUUAGCUAACUUAACAUUUACACAAUACAUGAGUAUUCAAGAGUAGUCUUUUUUUUUCUUAGGGCUAACGUAAACCUGGUGAACUCGUUGCGGGCGGCUUCACGCAGUUUAAUGGACUUUUUGUGGAGCUCGUCUACACUUAACAAAAGAGAACUGUGCUAAAAAGCCAAAACAAUACCACAAGGACUGGUGUUCGGGAAACCCCAGGCCCGCUGCUAGCUACAUUAGCGGCUUGCAGCGCGGCGUUUCGGGCUUUCCAUCAAGGACAUUUCACGACGGACUUGGCCUCAUUUGCUCUCAUGUGAUAGAUUUACACUGUGCUACGUGGACUCUCUUGGAUUUGGUGGCACUCUGUUGUGUUUUAUCGGACUGUAAAGAACUGACGGGGCACACGGCGCCACUCAAUGGCGCUCUGGCCUCACAUCCCGAUUAUUUUUCUUUGCCAAUAAUAAGGACUCUGUCGUCAUCCGGAGCUGAACCUCUCAGCACUUUAGUCCUUUCUUUGUCCAUAGUGUUUCAGCGAGCAUAAAGAAGGGUUUUACCUAUUAAAGUCAACAGAUUUAGCCUCCUGUGUUCAGUGUUGACGCUGUUUCAUUUUGUUAUACCAGGCCUGUGUUUUUUUCCCCUUGUGCUUGAUUAACUUGACUUAGACCUGUAAAAAUGUCGUGUGUUCACUAUAAGUUUUCUUCCAAACUGGACUACAAUACAGUCACUUUCGAUGGGCUGCAUAUCACCCUCAGCGAGCUUAAGAGGCAGAUUAUGGCCAGGGAGCGCCUCAAGGCCACAGACUGCGACCUGCAGAUCACCAAUGCGCAGACUCGAGAAGAGUACACAGAUGAUGAAGCCCACAUCCCGAAACACUCAUCUGUGAUCGUCCGCCGCACUCCAAUCGGUGGAGUAAAACCUGCUGGCAGGACGUUCAUUGUAGAUCGUUCUGACACAGCUGUGGUUGGAUCUUCUAGACCCACGGAUUCUUCUCCUUCUUUGUCACUCGCCCAACUUGCCAAGACUCCUAACCUGGUUGACGCAAAUGCAUCAGAGGAGGACAAGAUUAAAGCCAUGAUGUCUCAGUCGAACCAUGAAUAUGAUCCAAUACAUUACUCCAAGAAGGCGAUUGGACCUCCGCCUGCUCACUAUACCUGCUAUCGUUGUGGAAAGGCCGGUCACUACAUUCGGCAGUGCCCCAUGCUGAUGGUGCAGGAUAAGAGUGUGGAGGGUCCCAAGCCUGUAAGAAUCAGUAAGGGCAUACCACAGAGCUUCAUGGUGAAAGCAGAGCCAGGCACCAAGGGAGCCAUGUUAACCAGCACCGGAGAGUACGCUAUACCUGCUAUAGAUGCGGAGGCAUAUGCCCAAGGGAAGAAGGAGCGCCCCCCGUUUGUCCCACAUGACCAGUCAUCAUCUGAGGACGAUACAGACCCAAUCCCUGAUGAACUCUUGUGUCCAAUCUGCAAUGACCUGAUGACAGACGCCGUGGUGAUACCUUGCUGUGGGAACAGUUACUGCGAUGAUUGUAUUAGAACUGCCUUGUUGGACUCAGAGGAGCACAUCUGCUACUCGUGCAAGCAGUCAGAUGUUUCACCUGAUAAUCUUAUUGCCAACAAGUUCCUUCGACAGGCUGUGAACAACUUUAAGAAUGAGACGGGAUACACCAAACAUGUGCGCAAGCAGCUCCAGCAUGCAGCCCCACCUCCACCACGCCCACAGCUGGUCAGGCCUUUGCACUCGAGACAGCAGGACCCACUGAUGGCCAAUGCCACUCAGCCUCCACCAAGUGUACCCACCACCACCCCUCAAGCACAGGUCCCACUGCCUGCACCCACUUCUGCUGCUACUGCUUGUCCUACUCCUCCUCAUGCUGCUGAUGCUGUUGAAGGACAAGACGCGUCACCAGCACCUGCACCUGUUGUUGACCGCCAUUCUCCUAUGCACUCCAGCAGCCAGGGUGAACCUCCCCCACCCGGUGAGACAGACCCAGAACCGACUGUGACACCAGACUCAUCAGGAACCUCAGAGAGUGGAUCACAGAGCUACAGUUUACCCGUUAUUGGCCACCCGCCACCUGCAAGGCCGCCUCAUCCAUCAGGUCACCAGUCACGGCCCAACCACUCUCACAGAGGAGGAGGGAGACACUGGUACAGAAGUCGAGGAGAGCACCCCUCCACUCACCUCCCGACAGCUCCACCACCUGCACCUGUUCCUCCGGUGUACCCCUCUCCAUCCCUGUACCCGCCCCCACCACAGUCCUACCCGCCUCCAUACACCUCAGGCUCCGGCCUCAUCCCUCCACCUCCCAUCAGUUACCAGCCCCAGCCCGUUUAUGCCCCUGGACCACCAGGGCUUAACCCUCCCUGGGUUGCCCCUGGUACCCAGCCACCUCUUGUCUCUCUUCCGCCAUCCCUCUUGCAGCCCCCUCUCUCAAAGGAAGAUUUCUACAGACAGAGGCACCACCGACAGGACAAAGUUACAUCUAAACUGGAUGAAUUUACUAAAGACUUCCACAAAGAGCUUAUGAAGUACAGAAAUGCACCAAAGAGAAGAAGACCAUCUUACUCCAGGUCUCGGUCAUACAGUCGCUCUCCUUUCAGCCGCUCUCCCUACUCUCGCUCUAGAUCAAGAUCCAGGUCAAGAUCUAGAUCCCGAUCAAGAUCCAGGUCUUACUCCUAUUCUCCCAGUCGAUCCCGGUCCCGUUCACGCUCCCAUGGCCGAUCCUAUCCUCGUUCCCCUUAUUCUAGACGUAAUGGACGCAGCUAUGGACGCUCAAGGACAAGGUCCCGCUCUCGUUCAAGGUCUUACGGGUACCGGCGCUCUGGCUCACCGCGCUCACCUCCCUCCUACAGGGGAGGAGGCUGGGAGGGAGCAGAAGCAGCAGGACCCUACAGGUCUAGGUCACGGUCUCGCUCCCCUGGUGGAUACCGGAGCCGCAGCCCUGGUGGACGAAAGCCACCUCCUCGGGAGCUAGUGCCGUAUGAACUGAAGGGUCCAAGUCCUGGAGGCCACGAGCGCUGGGAAAGAGAAAGAUAUCGACAGUGGGAGAAGGAGUAUGCAGACUGGUACAACAAGUACUACAAAGACUAUGACAACCAGCAUCCCUCACUGCAUCACAGAGGUCAUGGCAGCAGAGACAGGGAGAGGGACAGAUUGUCCCCAUUAUCCAGAGAUUACUCACCCCAGGGAAGAGGGAGAAGAGGGAGGGAUGACAGAGGUGUUCCUCCUCACCACCCCCCAUCCUCUUCCUCAUCAGGGACCAAAUCCAGUACCAAAGUCUUGAAAACAAAAAAGGUGAAAAAGAAGAAGACUGGAGAGGAUCCAGAGCCGUCACAACAGUCAAUGGACAGAGGUGAUGCUACUCCUGUCAGAGAUGAACCAAUGGAUGAAAUACCUUCACACACUAAAACGCCUCCCAUCUCCUCAAGACCUCCAGUUGGUACUACAGCCUCUAAAGCUCCAGCCUCUAAAAGCACUGCUGCACCCAUUAAACCUUCCACCAAGUCUACAUCAAAGACUCCAUCUGAUAAAGCGAAGAAAGAUAAGGCUCCGAAGGUAAAAGCUAAAGUUAAGACAGAGAGUGUGAAGGUAAAGAGCGACAAAGUGAAGAAAAAGACUGGAGAAGGAGUAGUGACCAAAAAGAAAGACUCAACUUCAGCCUCCACCUCCACUUCCACCUCCUCCUCCUCUGUUGCUAAACCAUUAAAGACUGUUAAACCCAAACCAGAGGAAGCCCCCCACUCAACUACCCCCAAAAAGGAAAAGGGUAAAAGCUCUACUGUGAGGCCUGCCCCGCUGAAGACCCCUCCACUGUCCUCCCACAACAUACUACCACCUCAACCCUUUCUACACGAUGGCCUUCGAUCCAGCCAUGACAUGCGGGGACGAAGAGAUCUUCCACAGGGCGGUGGGAUCCUCACCCUCCCCCAUCCACACGGCCUCCCAAUCAUCCACCGACCUCCUUCUCCAGCAGACAGCCGGAGGAGGAUGGGAGAGGAGGGCCGCUCGAUACUCGGAGCUCCUCCUGGAAAGCUGAGGAGAAUCGAUGGGCUCGGUGGCGGAGGCGAUGUCCUCUCCCACUCACACCUGUCUCAUCAGCCCCCACUCCACAGACUCCCUGCCCCUUCUGACAGGCCCGGCCUUCUACCAGGGAGCCGGGACCUGGGACGUGGAGAUGCAGAUCGAGGUUCUAUUAGACCUCUGAUGGACAUUCAGUUGAAGCCACCAAGGAGGAUCAAGUUGAACAGAGAUCUGGGGAGAAAGGACAGCACUGAGACAGCAGCCUCAGACAGGACACCGUCAGCUCCUGAGAAGACGACCUCCACCUCAGAAAGAUCAGCUUCUGCCAACAGCUCUGAGGGAGACCGACCCAGUAGUGCAGCAGAGGGAGCUGGAAGAAAGGAGCGGUCGGCCUCCGCAGAAAGGGGCAUCUCCAGAGAGAGACCAAGCAGCGCUACGGAGAGACAGCACGGCUCAGACAGAGAGCAGAGCAGAAGCUCUGGAGCGGACAGAGAGCGAGAUAGACCUUCUGGUUCAGACAGAGACAGAGACAGAAGUCAGGGCUCUGACCGAGAGAGGGACAGGGUCUCAGGGUCUAGCUCGCAGAAGAAAGCCGUUUCAGUGGAGAGAGAGACAGAAGAAGAGAGGUCAGGAAAAACAGAACGAAAAAGCUCCAGUUGUGGAAGUGGGGGAGCGAGGUCUGUCUGUCUGGAUAAAAUGACCAUCGGAGAGAAAUCGGCCAUCAGCAGGAGACCGGCAGACCAUCACGAGAAACCAAGUGCAUCAUCCAAGGAGAGAGGAGAGGGCUCAGAAAGAGCUGCUAAAUCUGACAGAAGUGUGUCCAAGGACAGAACGGAGAGGAGUGUCCCCUCAGGAGAGAAACCAGCUGCUGCUCACAGAGAAGGGGGCAAAGACGGUCAGGACACUGUUGUGAAGAGCAAACCCAGGAUCAGUCGAAAGACUCUCACAAGUCACACGACAAGCUCCACAAGUAGGACAAAUCAAGAUUCAAAACAGGAGCCAGAAAAAGACCAGAAGAGUGCAUCCUCUAAACCUGCAGAGCAGCCUCCGCCUAGCCCAGUGAACAGCCGUGGCCGCAGCCCAAGUGUCAGCCCACCACUCAGCCCGGCCAUGGAGGAGCCACUCAUCCAGGCUCCUCCUCGCUCCAAAUGGGAGAGAGAAGAUGACGAAGAAGGUCAAGAAAACGGACUCAGUGCACCCAAAGAGCCCUCACCGGUGCCGCAGAGAAGCCGAGGCAGAGAGGGGCAACUUGAAGCACCGAAACCCACCAGGAGCGAAAGCCGGGAUGCACCAAGGGAGGAGAGGAGAGGAGUAGUGAGGGAGGAGAAGAAAGGAAGAGCACCAAGAGAAGAGAGCAAGGCUGGCAGGACGUCACAGACGAAUUCAGACAAGCUGAGCAAAACAAAAAUUGUAAGGGAGGAGGGGAGAGGGGUGAGAGAAGAAGGGAGAACUGCAGCAAGAGAAGAGGAGAGAAGGGUUGGAGGAAGAGAGGAGGGUCGAGGAGGGACGGGGAAGGAGGAGAGAGCGGCAGAGAGCAGAGGUGGAGGAGGACGAGAGGAGAGUCGUGGCCCAGAGCCCAGGAGGCAGCGUUUGUGCUCCGACUUGGGCCGCGAGACGGACGAGGCGGCCUUCGUGCCCGACUACAGCGAAGGCGAAGGGUCUGAGCCGGAGCGAGGACGCAGCGGCAGCCCGAGUCCGUCCCUCAGCCAGGCCUCCAACAGCCCCACCCCGAGCAACAACGGCGGCUCCGGAACCAACAUGACAGACAAGAAGAAGAAGAAACAUAAGAAGCAUAAAAAACACAAAAAGCACAAGAAGCACAGCAGCCAGGACAAAGAAGGAGAACAGAAGGAGCACAAGCACAAACACAAGAAAAAGAAACACAAAAAGAACAAAGACAAAGAUGCGGAGGAAGAGGACAAGGGCGAGAAAGCGGAGGAAGAGGCUCCGUGCUAACAGAGGCUCCGCUAGGCUUGAUGAGCAAACGAUGAAACAUUCUUUGUUAAUAGGGAGAUGAGGACGUAUCUAGGAAUAACAGCUGGCACUCUGCGCCACGUACCACUCUAAGGCAAUGUUUGAAAUAUGUCUUUGACCGUCUGUGACACUGAUGGAGAGCCGUCUGGCUGUUACUCUAAUAGUUACUGUCAGCGCAGCUCUUCAAACCCACAUGGUACUUUGUUGUGCCUGAAUUGCAGCAGUAUGACUGCUGCGGAGGUCUCUUUAAUGUUUCAUGUCAACCUCUUCGCUGAUUCUGGGUCAGAAAAAAACUGUGGAGCGAUGCUGUGCUGCACUAUUGUGAUCAACCGAGCGCUGACCAGAAAGGACACGACGAUAAUAAGUGAUCACACAGCAGUGAAUAUAAAUGAUAGAAACGACAAACGCUGUACUCAGGGAUGUGAUUGCUUCUUUGUAGAGGAGGAAUUGCUGUUUUGCUGCCUCCGAUUCAUUUGUAAAUAGAGAUGAACUCUUGCUUCACAUAAUAAUAAGUUCUCCUCAGUUAUUUGUGCUCACAUCCCUGUGUGCUAUUCAAGGCUUAAAUAUUGAAUCGCCUUCAUCGCUAUGAGGGCAGUUGUAAGCUCUUUUUGAAGGACUGUACAAGCAGUUUUGCACGUUUUAGCACAUUAACUGCAAAUUGUAUAGUUUCCAUCAUUUCUUAACCCUUUUGAACAAUUUCAUUCUGUUGGUUUAGUUCACGCCAGUACGGUUCGCUGGAAGUUUCCAAAAAUGUUCUUCGGACAGACGACCGUUCUGAGCAAAGUUAAAUCUCAUGAAUUGCCAGUUGAUAUUCUUACUAAAUGUAAAAUAAAUGAAACCCAUUAGCUACCUGAAGCUCUUUGGAGAUGGUUCGCAGUAAAACGUUUGUGAUUAAUGAGCUAAAACUUACAAAAUCACUAAUGUAGUCCUUGAAGUUAAAGCAGACCUUUAUUCAUUCUCGCUACACUGGAUUGUGUAAUUCUAGGAUGUGUUUAUUAAUAAUUGACAAAUCAGUCUGCAUGUUUUUGUUCCAAAGGUGCAGUAGCUGUCUACCACAUUGUGUCAGUGAGUGAAAGUGAGUGUGCCGGUGCGAAAGUGAAAUGUGAUAGAAAUGCAACAAAUUAGAGGACAGGUGUUCUUACAAAUUAGUUCCUUUUUUUGGUUGGUUUGUUUUUUUAAAUUAAAAGGUUUUGACCUGAUGAAAAUGUCUUUGUUGUGUUUUAUUGCUGUUUGACAUCUUGGGUGUUUAAUGACGGGACAAAUUAAGGUUGUAGCCACCGUGUUGAGACGUUUCAGCAUAAGUACUACGUUUAAGUGCUUCAUCUGUUUGUAAUUAAAUCUUUUAAUAUUGAAAUCGAGCCUAAAAGUAGUCGUGAUUAAAGAGGGAGAGUAAGUAUGACGUAAUGCGAAAACUUGACCAUUACUGAUACAGAAGCUAAUAUUCAGUCAGUACAGUGUGGUGUCGUCUCCCAGCCUGAACUGUGGAAACUCUGAACACCAACUUGUCUCUUUAAUUUUGUAUGAACAGUGGAAGCAACAGAUAAACACAAUACAGUCAAAUUCUCACCAAAAAUAUGUGAUUCACAUCAUAAAUGAGCAAAAUAAACCACUGUAUGGGAAGUAAACAUGCUUCUAAACUGGUUUGGGUAUAUACUGAUGUUGAUACAUGAGAUAUUUAAAACCUUUAGUGCAUGAUGUUCAUAAUGUAAAUAAGUAAUCAGUUACUGUCUCGUUAACACAGGAGGGAACAUUUGCUGACUCUCUCCACCUCCCUACACCUGUAAUUUGAGUUUAAUUCAUUCACCCAGAAAUAACAAAACACAAUAAAAGUUAAAGAUGAACUUGACGGACUGCUUUGUGAUUUUUUUUUGUUUCUUCCCAAAAAAGUUUUUUGUUUUUUUCAUUUUGUGAUAAUAUUGAGAAUUCCUUUGGUAGUAUUUAUCCAGGCUGUUUGCUAAACCCUUUGUGUUUAUUUUUCUUGUAUGACUGUAAUUAGCUGGGCUGUCAUUUGUGUGCAGUUUAUUAGUUUCCUGUGCUUUUCAGUGCAAAUUUUGUUUCUCUGAAGCAUUUAUACUAAUGCCUAUUUAAAAAAAUAAAUUGUUUUAUAAAGAAAAA